CAAAACAACAAACAAACUGUUAAAAUUCACUAAAAAAAAUUAAAAUUCCCUUUAAUUAACUCAAAACUUCAGCAAAGAUGCAAUCAUCACGUUCCAAGUUGAAAUCCACUUUGGAAGAAGCCGAAAAAGAGCUGAGCGAAGAUGAAUCUGAGGCCGAAGAGGAAGAAGAAGUUGCCGAACGUCCCCGGAAGAAGCAAAAAACCAAACAAUUUACAACGCCGACGACUAUCCAUCAAAGUUACAUCAUGAAACUCUUCGAUCGUUCCGUGGAUUUGGCGAAAUUCGAUGAACGUUCAACUUUGUACCCGAUUUGCCGAGCUUGGAUGAAGAACAUGAAAGGACCAAAAGUCAAUCUGGAAACCACGAAGGAAGAGCCAACUUUUCGUCGAAAGAUGCCUGGCAUGCUUGUGAUGAUCAACAACGGCAUCGAAGCUGAAGUACGUUCAUUACCGCCGCCAAAUAAGAGCGACUUAGCAGGUCCUUAUCCUCCAAAGAUCCCAGCGCAAGAGAAAUCGAACAAAUUUAACAUUGAUCUCAAUUACAAAUUCACUGAUUCUGACUUGUUGGACAAUGAAGAGCUUUUGGCUUUAAACAUCAAACGCUGGCGAGAAGUCCGUGAUAACUGGCAAACACACACAAAGGAGUACAGCAAGCGCUAUCAAGACAGUUACGAUAUUUUAGAUGGGCUUUAUAACCAAUCUCAAGGAAAAUUAAAGGCAGCAGCUGCAACUUCUUAAUAAUGACAAUAAUAAAAUUUUAAUAAAAUGAUAUUUUGAGUA